AUGUACAGCAUGAUGAUGGAGACCGACCUGCACUCGCCCGGCGGGGCCCAGGCCCCCACGAACCUCUCGGGCCAGACCGGGGCGGGUGGCGGCGGGGGUGGCGGCGGCGGCGGCGGGGGCGGCAGCACCAAAGCAAACCAGGACCGGGUCAAGCGACCCAUGAACGCCUUUAUGGUGUGGUCCCGCGGGCAAAGGCGCAAGAUGGCUCAGGAGAACCCCAAGAUGCACAACUCGGAGAUCAGCAAGCGCCUAGGCGCAGAGUGGAAGGUGAUGUCGGAGGCGGAGAAGCGGCCGUUCAUCGACGAGGCCAAACGGCUGCGGGCGCUGCAUAUGAAGGAGCACCCGGAUUACAAGUACCGGCCGCGCCGAAAGACCAAGACGCUUCUCAAGAAAGACAAAUACUCUCUGGCCGGAGGGCUGCUGACGGCGGGCGCCGGUGGUGGCGGCCCGGCAGUCGGCGUGGGCAUGGGCGUGGGCGUGAGCGCCGCGGGCGUGGGCCAGCGCCUCGAGAGCCCAGGCGGCGCGGCCAGCGGCGGCUACGCGCACAUGAACGGCUGGGCCAACGGCGCCUACCCGGGGUCGGUGGCGGCCGCCGCGGCGGCCGCGGCCAUGAUGCAGGAGGCGCAGCUCGCGUACAGCCAGCACCCGGGCGCCGGCGGCGCGCAUCCUCACCACCCGCAUCCUCACCACCCGCACCCGCAUCCGCACAACCCGCAGCCCAUGCACCGCUACGACAUGGGCGCGCUGCAGUACAGCCCUAUCUCCAACUCGCAGGGCUACAUGAGCGCGUCGCCCUCGGGCUACGGCGGCCUGUCCUACGGCGCAGCGGCCGCCGCCGCCGCCGCCGCGGGAGGCCCGCACCAGAACUCUGCCGUGGCGGCCGCAGCUGCAGCAGCGGCCGCGUCUUCUGGCGCCCUGGGUGCUCUGGGCUCUCUAGUUAAGUCAGAGCCGAGCGUCAGCCCGCCGGUCACGUCGCACUCGCGAGCGCCCUGCCCCGGGGACCUGCGCGAGAUGAUCAGCAUGUACUUACCUGCCGGCGAGGGCGGCGACCCUGCGGCGGCUGCGGCCGCGGCCGCGGCGCAAAGCCGGCUGCACUCGUUGCCCCAGCACUACCAGGGCGCCAGCUCAGGCGUCAACGGCACUGUGCCCCUGACGCACAUCUAG